CCACCCCCGUUUACAUCCACCUCUAAUACUCUCCUAUCUACUGCCACCACCUCAUCACCACCAUCUCCGCCGCUGUCUCUCCAUUUCUUCAGUGUGUGUCUGUGUGUUUUUGUCUUUCUUUCCUUUUAGACUCUGUUUGUGUUGUGUACUGUUUUAAAAACUUACUCUCUUUAUUUUUAAUCUUAUCCAUUUCUUCUAUAGCUUAGCUUACUCUAAAAUAACUCUUACACAAAAAUUCUAUAUCUUCACAAAUUUUCUUACUAUUUAAAGUCAUUCCCUUUUCAUUUUUUCUUUUUCUGUUUUUGUAAACGUGAAUUAUCUUGAAUUUUAGCUUCAUACUUAAUGGGUUUUUUUUCCCUUCUCUACUAGUAGGAUUUAUGUGAAAAUCUUUAAUUUUUAAGUUUCUAUUUUUGAGUUUCUCUGAAUUUUAUCAACAGUUUUAGCUCUUUAAAUUAGCUCUAAGUAAGUUUCUUUGAGUGAACUAAGAGCUGAUGUAAGUAUAAUAUAGUGUUUUCUUGUUUUAUUUUUCUUCCUUUUUUGUGGUAUUUUAAUGUGUAGAAAAUUAGGGAAAGACCAUUUUAAAAAAAAAAAGAAUUAAAAUGGAUCAUAGUAGAUUUCAGCAGCAACCAGUAAAUUCAGGUUUAACUAGGUAUAAAUCUGCACCAAGUUCUUAUUUUUCUAGCUUAUUAAGUAGUACUCCUAGUAGUGAUGGUGGUACUAGUAUUACUAGUGGAGGUUGUGGUUAUACAAGAGAUGAUUUUUCUCAAUUAAAAAACUCUCGUGGUUCGAAUAGUAGUGAUAUAGAACAAGUUUUCGCGAAAUUUGUAGCUAGUAUUGGUAAUCAGGGCUCGAAUUCGGGUGAUUUUAGUAGUACUCAACAAAUUCAGGACAAUCCUAUGAGUAAUAUGAAUGUGAGAUCAGAUUUUAUUGUGAAACAAGAACCUGAAAUGAAUUACCAAAACUUAGCUCCACAACAUAUUGACAAUUCGAAGGCGGCCACUUCAUUGGAGGCUGUAGAUAAUUCAUUUACAUUCAUGACUUCAGUGAAUUCGACUCGUGUUUCACCUGUGAAUAUAGGUGGUAGAGUUGGUGCUGGAGCUGGUGGUGGUAAUACGAAUCUUACUCGUUAUAACAGUUCGCCUGCUGGAUUCUUUGACUUGAUCAGUAUUGAAAAUGAAUAUGGUGCUAUGCGAGGCGUAGGGAGUUAUGGAACUGGUGCUAAUGCUACAACAGAAACUUCAUUGUCGACUCCGAAGAGAUUCAAGACUCAAGUGGGAAUCUCAUCGGGGAAACCUCCUGCUUCUCCAGGGCUAAUGACUCCAAUCUCUGAAAUUGGAGAUAAAGUCGUGGAAGAAAAGAGUAUAGGCGAUGAACAUAAGAACGAUGAGAGUUGCAUCACGGAUUUCCCUAUUCCUUCUUGGGAAGAUUCACACAUUUUGUCCGACGAUUUCCUCAAAGCUGAAGACAUUGAGAUUGAGCCAUUCUCUAAUGUAAAUGCAUCCGAUAAUCAGAAUAGUGAAGGUCUAUCUCGUCUGCCAAUUCCAUUAUCUCAUCAUUUGAGUUUGCCCACAAGUACACUGGAGAAACUCUUGCAAGAUUCAACACCCUUAAAUGUCAGAGCAAAGAGAGGUUGCGCCACUCACCCUCGUAGCAUCGCAGAAAGGGUGAGAAGAACAAAAAUAAGCGAUAGAAUGAGGAGGCUGCAAGAUCUUGUUCCUAACAUGGACAAGCAAACAAAUACAGCAGAUAUGUUGGAUUUUGCUGUAGAUUACAUUAAAGAGCUGGAGAAACAAGUCAAGAUACUAGCAGAAAAGCGCGCGAAAUGUACAUGCACAAAUAAGUAAAAGAGCCACAUAUCAAAAGUUGAGGGCAGGACAAGCUUUUAUACUUUAAAGGAGGAUGAAAAGGAAUUGACAAUGGAAAUAGCAAGCAGAAGUGGAUUCCCUUUGGCACUUGAAGAAGAAAAUGGGGUUGGCAUUUUGGUGGGUAAAAAGAUAGAAGCAAAGUAUUUGAUGUAACAUAAUAAACUCCUUUCAUCAAAGAAGUGUCCGGGUUAGUUUGCGUCGCACCUUGACUAUUUCACCGGAUAUUUGCCAUCUUCUAUUGUAUAGGUUGUGGAAUACUUGCUACUGCUAUCAAUAUUAAUAUCGAGUAGCUCCGUCCAUCGAACGACGUGAUGUAAUAUAAUAAAUUAAUUGUACAUAUACUUCCUCCAUCUUAAAUUA